CCAGUUUCAUUUCGCAUGCUGGCAAAUGAGCUAUCGUGUUCUUUUGGGCCGCCAUUUUUCUUACCCAUGCCCGAGUUCUUCGACAACAAUUGCCUGAUGGACACUCUGCGCCCGUGAACCGUUCAAGUCCCCACCGAGUCUCAACAUUGUCUCCGGCAAGAUGGCGUUCCUAAAUCCGGCCGUGGUGGAGGCAGUGCGGGUGGUGGUGAGGCAGGCAACCGAGGUGGCCGUGACGACGGCGCUCUCCCAAACCCCACCCAUCGCGACUCCGAGCCCCGCGACCGCACCACCAGUUACUUCGGCAACCUUGACGUCGCCAGGUCCUUCGCCGACCGAUAGCAGCACCCUCGCCAAUGGCGGCACCAGUACUGGAGGAGGAGAUUCUGGAAGCAACGGCGGAGGAGGAAACGACGGGGGAGGAGGGGGAGGGGGGAACUCGUCGUCGCUGCUUUUCUUUGUCGCCCUCGGAUUUGGUGUCGUCUUCACCAACCUCUGGAUCAUCGUCGGCGUAAAGUAUUGCUUCAGGUACAAUGCGCGGGCCCGCGCGCUGCGAAACGAGGAAGGAGAACCGAUUGGCAUGGAGAAUAUGCCUCGCCCGCACCGCCGCCGGAGAGAGAAGAAGUUGAUGCCGAUCGACGAAGUGAACGAAAAAUUCCCGAUGCUGAAAUACAAGACAUGGGUUGCGAGCCGGGCACAGGAAGGAUUGCCAACCCGAGGUGGUGUAUCGGUCCCCCAGAGCCGGCCAAACAGCAUCCGUGACGCAGAUGGCGUGGCCCCCGAGGUAUCUCCUAAGGACCGCUCGUCAACCGACGGCCGGCCAACGACCAGCGCGACGGCGACCGGAACGGCAACGGAGCCUGCAGCCGAAACCGCGCCGGAGAAUACAGAAAAGCCCCCGGUUCAGAGCCCUCGCCACGUUCCCAAGGAAAGUACAUCGAGUACAGUUGCCGGGCUUCGUCGAGCAUCAACGGAGUCUAACCGCUCCAACCGCUCUAACCGCGACGCUGAUACGACGACCGUCGCGGACAAGCACCUCAGCCAGAUUUCCCACGACGAGGACGAGGAAGACGAACAUAUCGAUGCUGCUCUACCACCAGAAUGCCUGGGGACCGCGGGCGAUACCUGCGCUAUCUGUAUCGACGCCCUGGAAGAUGACGACGAUGUGCGCGGCUUGACUUGCGGUCAUGCUUUCCAUGCUGCCUGCAUCGACCCAUGGUUGACAACAAGGAGGGCAUGCUGCCCAUUGUGCAAGGCUGACUACUUCACUCCCAAGCCCCGCCCUCAAGCCGCCGAUGGCACUGACGGCACGACGCCCGUGGUUCACGUCACGCUCCCUGGCAACUCGCGCAGCAAUCGGAUGAACCUGCCCGGUCAGCCCCGGCCGGCCCUCUUUAGAUUUGGGCGGUCAGAUGAUAGGUCCCGGCCGAGAGACACGAGGCGGCGCUCUACCAUUCCUGGUCGUCAAGGCUCAAGACCGAGCCCCGCAUCCCCAGCAGCGGAAGCAACACCCGCCCAAGCUGGGACUGGUGGUCUGCUUUCGAACCUCAGGAAUGCGAUCCCGACAUUUCGGUUUGGCCGAGGCCAGGACGGCCAGACGCAGUCAAACCCUACACCCGCUGCUAGUACCGACCCUGCGGUUACCCCAUCGCAGCUGGAAGCUGGGGUCCGGACUGCGCAAAAUUAGCGACUAAACGACGUCGAUAUACCGCCGGGAUGCUUUAUGACAGA